GUGGCUCGCUUUCGUUAAUAACAUUGCCCGAUCCGGCAAUCCGGGUUCCUUCUGAACAAUCCCAUUAAAAAAACAAACAAAAAGGCUCUGUUUCGGCUGUUAGUUUGAUCCUGUCCGGACGGCAAUCUCCAUUUCUUUUCGGACUUCCGGAAUCAGAAUACCAACUAUAUAUAAAUCCUCCAUUUCCACGAAUCAUAAUACACAAAAUCUCUUUCCCCAUCUUCUACUCGCUUCUCUUCCUCUGUACCCGGGUUUCCCUCUCUGUUUUUGGCUUCCCGACUGCUCCUCGCCGUCACCAAUCACCGCCGCCAUGGGACCUCUCUCCGCCGACCAGCUCAGCUUGUUCGCUUCGCAAGGUUACCUCGUAGUCGAAUCGUUCGCGAGCUCGGCCGAGAUUGACGGCAUGAGGAAGCGAAUGGACCAGUUGCUUCACGACUUCGACGGCUCCUCUGCCAUGAAUCAGGAUGUGUUUGUCCAGCAAAAGGAAAUGAACGAGUUCAUGUACGAGAGCGCCGAGAAGAUCUCUUUCUUCUUUGAAGAGAAAGCGUUUGAUGAGGAAGGGAACUUAAAGCAGCCAAAGGAAGUGUCCAUGAGUAAAGUUGGCCAUGCCUUGCAUGAGCUCGACCCUGUAUUCAAAGACUACUCCCGUUCUGAGAAAAUCACAAGUGUGUUACAAUCCUUGGGUUACAAGAGGCCAGUCAUCAUUCAGUCCGUAUAUAUUUUUAAGCAAUCGGGCUUUGGAAACGAUGUGGCGCCUCACCAGGAUAACUCGACUCUGUACACCGAACCGAAAACCACUUGCACUGGUCUGUGGCUGGCGCUGGAAGACGCUACGACUGCUAAUGGGUGCAUGUGGGCGAUUCCUGGAUCUCAUCGAAAUGGGCUGGUGAGAAGGCUGAUUCGAGGGGAGCAAGGUCUCCAGUUCGAUCAGCCGUCGCCUUCUUAUGAGCAGUCGGAUUUCGUGGCUAUUGAAGCGAAAGCCGGGUCUUUGGUCUUGAUUCAUGGGGAUCUCGUACAUCGAAGUUUCGAGAACCAGUCUCCGAACUCGAGACAUGCUUUCAGCGCGCAUGUUGUGGACACUGUUGGUUGCAAAUGGUCGCCUGACAAUUGGAUUAGAAGGAAGGUGGAUCCAGAGCCUCUCUACUCAUCUUGAUCUGCCAAGUUUUCAGUUGAAAUUGGAAAGAGGGUACGGGCAGAAGAAAUAAAGACCAUCGCUGCUGCCGAAUAUCCCUGGAAACACUUUGUGAGAUUGGAGGAACGAACGAAUGAAUGGUGGUUAUCAUAUCACAUAGUGGUCACUCUCAUGUUUCUAUUUUGUAAUCCUUAUAAACCUUCUCUAAUUAUUCAAUAAAUGUUGUUGUACGUGUCUGUUCAACCAAAGAGGUCUCCACC